AUGGGCAGCAUUGGCGCUAUGAGGCCCCGGUGGGCCCCUAUGAACCUGAAGAGAGCUACGUCUUUGAUAAUCAGUGUAUCCGCACCUACCCCCAACACGGGCGCCCACUGGAUGCAGCGAGACGUCGCCUUUAAAACGCUCAGGCUCACGAACGCCCAGCCCGCGGCCCGGAGCGCCGGCCGCGCCAUCUGGCUCCAGUCUCAGCACAGGUACCGGCCCCGGCUCCACGUGCAAGAACGCGGAGACCGGGAAGCGCCGGCGGCCGCCUCCCGGCCCCACGUCUUCUCCUUCCCCGAGACCGAGUUCAUCGCCGUGACCGCUUAUCGCAAUGCCGAGAUCAUCCGCCUCAAAAUCGCCCACAACCCCUACGCUAAGGCCUUUCGGAGACGCUCCGCCGCGGCGGGGAGCUCGAGCGCGGGGCCCCCGCCCCCACCGGCCGCCGCCCUUCCCCCCAGCCUGCUGCCCCCCACGUCUGCAGCCGCAGCGCCUCACCCAGACAGACGGGAGCCUCCGGGGUGCGGAGCCCGGGAACAGCCGAGGCUUCACAGGAAAAUGUACUCCCGAGGGACCCAGACAGAUGCCCAAGAUGCAGCCGGGGAGGAAAGGGCUCCGAAGAAGAGGCGUCUGUCUCCCGGGCCUUCAGGCAGCCGCGCCAUGUCCUCGGCGAGGGCCCAUGGACAAGCCCAGGCCCAGCCGCUUCCAGCUCCAGAAGGUACAACGCCCCCCCGGCCGCUGCUGAGGACCCGCGACCUGCCCAGCAGCAGCAGCAGCAGCAGCAGCAAUGACCAGGCAACGUUGGAAGUUGUGACCCUGAACCCCGACCUGCAGACCUCCCCUACUCCACUUGAAGCGAUUUAUGGCUCCAAUCCAGAGAACUGGCUCGCCCUACUGCAGGCGGCCAUAUUCCCAGCAGACCCCUCCCAGCUGCAGACCAUCCCCACACCUUCCCAGAAGCAAUUUCACAGGACCCUGGACAGGCUAGUGUCCCAGACAGCGCGAAGGGGAUCCCUGUUCUCUCGAGUGCCCCCCGGCAGUCCCAGCCACCAUUGCACCUCUUCAGGCCACCCCCAGCAGCAGUACAGCAUGGUCUGA